AUAAGGCCUACAUAAUGGGUAGUUGCCUCGGUAGGGCCUCACGGGACAGCCCAUGAUCCCGGAUGUGACGCAAUCUAUAUAUGUGGAACCGAUCUAUAGAAGUUUCUCCACAAACCGCUGUGGACUUCAGACACGAUGUUGAUAGAUCCAGUUGCUUGAGUUCAUCGCGACCUUGAGGAUAUAAGACCCUCGAUGUUUCGCCGCUUCAGCAGUCUCGGACAACGCUUCCGCGCCCAAAGGUAUUUCCACGCUCUGCCCGCUCUUUCACCAUGAAAUUCAGAACCGCCGCUGCCUCUCUUGCCUUCCUGGCGACAUGCGUAACAGCCAGUCCCACUCCCACCGUCGAGAGAGACGCUGCCGGGACGCUAGAGAAGAGGGCAUCCAUUACUGACGCCUGCGACAUCGGUUACUGCACGCAGAAUGGCGGAACCAAGGGAGGUGCUGGGGGGACCACCACGACGGUGUCAUCUCUCGCUCAGCUCACUGCCGCCGCCGGUGGCAACUCGGCCGCCGUAAUUGUGGUGAAGGGCUCCAUUUCCGGGUCUGCGCAGGUCCGUGUUGGCUCCAACAAGAGCAUCAUUGGCGCCGCCGGAAGCUCCAUCACCGGGGUUGGCUUCUACAUCAAGGACCAAUCCAAUGUCAUCAUGCGCAACCUCAAGAUCAGCAAAGUCAUUGCCAGUAACGGCGACGCCAUCGGUAUCCAGAAGUCCACGAAUGUCUGGGUUGAUCAUUGCGACCUGUCCUCCGACAUGGAUCAUGACAAGGACUUUUACGACGGUCUCCUUGAUGUCACCCAUGCCAGUGAUUGGGUGACCAUCUCCAACACUUACUUGCACGAUCACUGGAAGACAUCCCUAGUUGGACACUCCGACUCCAACUCCAAAGAAGACACCGGCCACCUCCACGUCACCUACGCAAACAACCACUGGAGCAACAUCAACAGCCGAGCCCCCUCCUUCCGCUUCGGCACCGGCCACAUCUUCAACAACUUCUUCAACAAGGUCUCCACAGGCAUCAACACGCGCAUGGAUGCGCAGCUGCUCGUCGAGUCCUCCGUCUUCGAGUCGUGCGGCGAAAAGGCAAUCUUCAGCGCCGACAGCGACCAGACGGGCUACGCCGUCGUGUCGGACGUCGCCCUCGGCGGGAGCCGGAACACGGCUCCGGCGGGGAGCAUCAAGGAUGUCCCCUACGCCUACAAGCUGCUCGGGUCGGGUGGGGUCAAGAACAGCGUCGUGGUGGGCGCUGGGCAGACGCUUGGGUUCUGA